CAUCUCAAGUUACAUCUGUUCUCAUUCUCCCUCUUUAAAAAUAUAUCGGAAAUUUCUGAAGCUUUUCAAUAAUUUUCUCGAGCUAUGACCGCCCAGAAAUCUGUGUUGCAAUUGAGUGUUCACGAGGAAAGAAUCAGGAAGAAAGUGUGGGCGACCGUUUCUAAAUUUUCAGGGGUUACUUCGAUAGCAAUGGAUGAUAAAACCGGGAAAAUGACGGUAGUUGGUGAAGUUGAUGUACCGGUUAUCGUAAAGAAGCUAAGGAAGAUAUGUAAUGCAGAGCUUGUUACGGUUGAAGUUGUUAAACCACCUGAGAAAAAGCCAGAACCAGAGAAACCGACUCCAGCUAAACCGGCCGAAAUUGUUGCCUUCCCUGUUACGCAGUUUAGCUACCCGUACCAGUAUCAUUCGUCCUAUGCUAAUUCGUACUAUCAACCAUGCGAUAAUUACAGAGUUGUGGUGGAGGAACCAAAUACUUGUGUGAUUAUGUAACACUUCAUUUUAGUCUGUAGAACUAUUAAUUUUGAUGGAAGAAUGUUUUUUUGGGUUACUUUGACAUAAAUUUCUUGUAAUGAGCUUAAA